AUGGCAAAGCCGCGUCCUGUCCCUGUCUGGAAUCCGCCCUCGGACGAUUUGUUAGAUGGCUCGCAGCAGGGUUCCGAGGCUGGUCUUGCCGCGACAAGCACACCUGUCGGAGGUCACAGCUUGGCUAACUCUCCCGGUCUGCCUCCUCGUGGCUAUUCAGCCCUCGACGAUGGUCUUCCCGUGAUAAGCACACCCGUGGAAGGUCGUAGCUUGGCUAACUCUCCCGAUCUGCUUCCUUAUAGCUAUUCAGCCCUCUACCCUGGUCUUCCCGCAGUAAGCACACCUGUCAGAGGUCGCAGCUUAGCCGACUCUCCCGGUUCUCCUCCUUAUGGCCACUCAUUCCCCCUCAACUCCGUGAGAGACCGCGAGGGAAGUACCAAAUCGGGCGGACGCGGACGCUGUGGAGAUCCCACCAAGGUUGACCGUAGCAGCAAAACUACCAGCAACAAAUAUCACAAAGCCGUCUUUCCCGGGAUGAGAGUUCCAGUCUACAUGCACAAAGAUCGCAAGGGAGAUAAGCGAGUUGGUUAUGGAGAUCACAGUGGACUUACCCAAUCCUGGGAUUCUGAACGCGUCCCCAUCAUGUCUGUCCAAUGCCCCCUCCCUGGUGGUACGGCGGUCACUACGACUACCGAUCCGGUGCAGAAAGUCAGUUGGGGCCCUACCAGCAGGAUCGAGGCGAGCGAUGAAGCACGCGAGUUGAUCAACCUUUGGCGUGAGGCCCUGAAGGACGCAAAGAAAGCCAAAGGCAAAGGCAAAGACAGCGAGUUGGACGAGAGCAAUGACGCCACGAGGAACAAGUCCAUCAGGACAAAGAAAGUGAAGAAAGUUGAUGAUGAUGCUGCCGCACCUGACACCGGUUUUCAAUCUUACGGGACGUUUGCUGUCCACAAUAUCCCCAAUCCUCCGCGCCGCCACCUGAUACCUCCACCCCCAACCCCCCCUGAAACUAUUUUCCACAGGACGAAGUCGGUGGCAGCGGCUCUGUCGAUGCCUACACUUCCGAACACCCACCCUAUGUCUGUACAACAGCUGGUCGAACAGUAUCGCCUCCAGCACGCCGCAGACCCAAAGACGUUCGAAAAGGAAACCCGUGCCAUCAAGAUGGACCUUAUGGCUGCGAAGGUUGCGAGAGGGGGAACAGCGCGCUUGUUGCUCAACGAAUACACGGUUGAUUUGGCCAGCCGUGAGGAUGCGGAGCUUGCAGAGAAAUGGGCCAGAGGCCAAGAGAGAAAUUUCGGGAUCUCGGAUAUGAGAAGCAGAGCCAACAGUAUGCUAGCGGCUGCAGCCAGAGCCGAGCAUGAGGCAUCCUCAGCCUCGGCCUCGAGUGUCUCCCACGUCGAACGGAGGUCCAAGUCGUCGCUGCGCAAUAUCCAAUUGAAGCUCUCACGCCUCGACCUCCCGGAGCACGUCAGCAAAAUCACCACUUACGGCAGCGUUCGUCACCAACACUCUGUCAAGCGCGAGGUUGACGACCACGGCGAGAAGCGCACAGUCAAGACGUGGAUUGAGAUCACCGAAGUUUUUGAGGUGCCACACGCUCAGUCGCUUACCUUGAAGGAUGUGGCUGCAGCGGUUGAUGCAGACGCCGAGGGCCAAGACAGCAACGAAGAGAUUCGGGGAGGCGAGAGUGACGAGGAAGGGUACGCCUCCAGCUCCCGUUCCCUGUCACUUUCAUCCUGGCCCAUGGGCGAGUCUGUCAAUGCGUUCAGCGCCCGGGGCAGACGCCACUACGACUCUAACGAGACGGAGGCUGAAGCACUCUUCACUUCGCUCUCGUGCUUGGACGAUGUCAAUAGCCCCCAGAGCAUUACGCAGGUGAGUGGCGACUUGAGAGCGUUGAUGGCCGGCUUGAGGUCGGAUGGGCAGUUGAAGGUGCACCAGGCUUGA